AUGGUGGCCACCUGCCUGCACCUGGCUGGAUUUGUCUGCAGUUUCAUAGGGUGGAUCGGGGUGGUGGUGGCAACCGCCACCAACGACUGGGUGGUGACGUGCGGCUACACCAUUACCACCUGCAGGAAAAUGGACGAGCUGGGGUCCAAGGGGCUGUGGGCAGACUGCGUCAUGGCGACAGGCCUCUAUCACUGCAAGCCCCUCGUGGACAUCCUCAUCCUGCCAGGGUACGUCCAAGCGUGUCGAGCACUGAUGAUCGCCGCCUCCGUCCUGGGCCUUCCUGCUAUCUUCCUGCUGAUAACGGUCUUGCCCUGCAUCCGCAUGGGCCACGAGCCCGGAGCCGCCAAGUACCGCCGCUCCCAGCUGGGAGGAAUCCUCAUCAUCCUCCUGGCCAUGUGCGGCGUCGUUGCCACCAUCUGGUUCCCCGUCUGCGCCCACCGCGAGACCACCAUCAUGAGCUUCGGCUACUCGCUGUACACGGGCUGGAUCGGCUCUGCCCUCUGCCUCUUCGGUGGCUGCGUCAUCGUCUGCUGCUCGGGGGACGCCCAGACCUUCGGCGAAAACCGCUUCUACUACGCCUCGGGCUCCAGCUCCCCGACCCACGCUAAGAGCGCCCACGUGUGA